AUGGGAAAUAAUUCUGCACCUACUGGUCAAGAAUCUCCCAUGUUGAGAACACUGAUAAAUGCAUUACCAAGUGGUUACGUUCAAUUUCUUACAUGGUUGAAACAGUUAGAUGGAAAGGACUAUAAAGCAGAAAGCAUACAUAAUUGUUAUGAAUCUAUAGCUAUUUAUUUAAAAGAAAUACAAGACUCUGUGAAACUUCAGAAUGAAGGAUUGGGUGUGAUAAAACAAGCUUCUCCACUUAGUACUGAAGAAAUUAUCCAUAUACUUGACCAUAAAAUAAUGCAACAUGAUACUAAUGAAAGUUUAACACGAAGAGUUUUUUUUUUUGUAUACAUAUGUGGUCUUCGUGAUGGUGAUGCUGAAAGAAUUAAUUUUAAUAAUAUCUCUCGUCACAAUGAUGGUGGACUUUAUUUAACAUUCAAUCAUGAGAAAAAUAAUCAACGUGGAGCAUUAAAACGAAACAAAGAUGAAAAAAGUUCGGCUCAAAAAUACCUAUUCCUUCGGAUCAAUGCAUGUGCUUCAUUCUUUUUAGAAACAACUCGAGCAGAAAAAGGAUUGAAUAAAUUAAACACAAUGAUGGCAAAGAUAGCAAAUAUUACGGGCAUCAAUCUUGAUAAUGGACGUAAACGACUUAAAGAUCUUAAUGUACCAGAAGAUGAAUGUAUGGAAUUUUCAGGUUAUCGUAGUCGUGAAGGGAUUCGUGUCUAUAAUAAUCCUAGUGAAGAUCAGAAGCUUUGUAAUACAUUAAUGUUAAUUCCUUUAGAUUUUGAUGAUAUCCCUUAUGAAGAGUUUGAUUAUUUUCCUGUACAUGAACAACAAUUAUAUGUACUAGAACAUGAACAACAAUUAUAUGUACAAGAACAUGAACAAGAACAUGAACAAGGGUAUAAAGAAGGAUGUGAACAAGGGUGUGAAGAAAGUUGUGAUGAAGGUUCCAAAUUAUUUGAGCCAUUUAAGCCACCAGUACCCAAAUCAACUUCAUCCGAUAAAUCAUCACACAUUCUUAAACCUCCCAAUAUUCAACACUCACCACUCAAUCCUCAGCCCUUACAUAAAAGAUCUACACCUUUGAGUGAUAUAUGA